AUGGAAAGAACACAACGUUUGUGGUCGUCUCUGAAGGUAAUGACAUGCGACCCAGCUUCAGAACCAAUCACACUGCCUGAGAGCCCUCCUACGCCUGCCACACUGUGUGCACGCUCUGGCCCCCCUUCACCCGCUCUGCACAUUGAAUGUGGCAGUAGCGGGGCCUCUACGCCACAUUCAAUCGUAAUCGGUGCAGCAAAACGACCCAGAAUUUCAUCUUCGUCACCCCAUCGCCCAAGACAGCCUCUUAGGGAUAAUGAUAUAAGCACAAUACUAAACUAUGGCAGUGAAGAGGACUCCGAGGACGAUGGGGAGAACGAUGAUUUUACCACAUCACCAAUGGUGCCGAGAGCUGCACGAUUUUAUUUUCAAGAGGAAGACGACGAUGUGGUUAAAACUGAUGCGAUACCAUCGUUUCAAUGGCCACCUCAGUCGCAGCAGCCGCAGCAGUUCGAGGCCCUGAAUAAAUCAGUCGAGCGGUUCAGCUCGCGUUGCCAACUCCGUCAGUAUUUUGACUCAAGGCCUAAAGAUGUUAAAGAGGUCACAGGCUUGCGGCCAGCCCACCGUUCGUAUUGCGCAAUGGCCCCAUGUAGUAUUGACGUAGGUUCACCACAUUUGAAAUAA